AUGACUGCGCUGAUCAGCUGGUUCCGCCGCUAGAGUCUGUAGUUGAGUUGUCAUUGCAUCCCUCAGCAUCCUUUCACCUUACUCUCUUCCAGCGGUCACUGCAUGUAUAAAGCUUGCAUUUUAGUAUGAUUUCAGGAUAUCAUUUUUGCAUACUGUAAUCGUACAGCCCACAGUUAUUCAGCUUCAGAAGAUCCUCUGAUUUGGCUUUUGGGUUCCCAUGGGCAGUGUGCUGGCCUUGUCAACCCGUCCAGGGCGCCAAAACUCCCCUUUUCCACAAGCUAGACCCUUGUCACGGUGGGAUAGGAGAGAUGGACGGCUACCUAACCCGGGGAGCUUUGAUGGUUUGCAUCGCAACUGUAAAGAUGUAUUUCCACAGCAGAUUGAAGGAGUGAAACUGGUGAUAAAUAAGACUCUCAGCAGCUUUUUCAAGGUCAGUCACACAUUUCACCUCAGCGCUGUUGCUCCAUCCAGUUAUCGCUUUCAUGCUGAACACCUACAAUCCGACACUGACAGCAAAGAGACGGGCUCACCCAUGCUCAUUGGGGAAAUGGACUCCUCUGGCAGCUUAAAUGCACACUCUUUGUUCCAUCUGAGUGAGAAAAUAAAAGCUAAAGCCGUAUUUCAGACUCAACAGGCACAGUUUGUCACAUGGCAGUUUGAGACGGAGUAUAGAGGUAGUGACUUCACAGCAGCGGUUACUAUGGCCAACCCCGACAUUCUGAGGGAAUCAGUUAUCAUGGUUGCACACUUUCUCCAAAGUGUAUCCCCGCAGCUGGUUCUGGGGGGAGAGCUGGUGUACCAUCGAGGUCGAGCAGAAGAAGGGGGCAUACUCACCCUGGCAGGCCAGUACUCGGGGCCAAACUGGGUUGCUACACUGAAUGCUGGUAAAGGAGGUGCACAUGCCAGCUACUACCACAGGGCAAAUAAACAGAUUCAGGUGGGAGUGGAGUUCGAGGCAAGCACUAGGACCCAGGAAACAACCUUUUCUUUUGGUUACCAGAUGGAACUUCCUGAAGCUAAAAUGGUCUUCAAAGGAAUGUUGGACAGCCGCUGUAUCAUUGGUGGGGUUCUGGAAAAGCGGCUUUACCCUCUUCCUGCCACAUUGAUCAUGGGUGCCUUUGUCAACCACAGGGCAGACAAGUUACAGGUCGGUCUUGGGGUCAACGUUGGUUAGAUACGAAACCUAACUUAAAAAAGGCACCGCCUAGGACUGGGGACUUCAUGUCUGCCCAAAGACACUGGUCCAACACAGACAAUGGACAGAACAGGCAAUCUAAUCAAAGCCCUCUUUGCCAUACUGGACAAACAUUCAGUUCAUGGGAAGCAGGAACGAGGGCUGAAAAGACUGGGAAUGUGCCCUCUAUGUUGGUUCCAUCCUGAACCAAUGAUUUUACUGCUUUGGUCUUAUAUUGGCCCCAAAGUAACCUGAUUAUCUUACCUAAGAAGGAGAUAGCAACUUUUACAACUGUUGGAGGAGACCACACAAAUGAAUAUAUAGUUUCAACUUCCUGUGACUUCUCUAUUAAAGAUCUAUUUUUUUGUAGCAAAGUCCAAAUAUAAUUCACUGAACAUACACAGAAGAGAGGCUCAUCUCUGAUGCAAGUUUAAAUAUGUCUUUAACAGCUGUUCAGUUUGGUUCAUGUUGCUCAAUGCAGUUGUCACUGAAUUAACGUUGUAAAAUGCGGUGGUUGUUCCUGUAAAUUACUAAACUGUUUAUACUUAAGAUUAAAAACUAAGGUGAAGUGACAAUUGACAUUGGGCAGCUGUUUGUAUGCUGGCCAUGUGAUUAAUGAGACCAUGUUUUGGGAUGAUUCGUCUUUUAUGUUUCAGGGUUGAUUGUUGUUAAAACGAACAGAUUUUAGCUUUUUCAUUUUUCUUAUAUGAAGGACACAUUCAAACUGUCUCGGAAACUUUCACCAUGCUCUCAUCGUUUUUUGCUCCAUUUUCAAAUUCCCCGACUGUAUCCAAGGGUCAGAAGUAUAGUAGAUACUUUUGGCUUCAGGUCAAAUCUAGGUCUCAUUAUAAAGAGCUGCUGUAAAUAAAGCAGUGAGUAAA